AUGGUCAGCAUCAUCCCCAUCACUGCCAUCCUCCUCUUCAUCUAUUCCAAGCUUAUUUCCAGCUACCGCUCCAACCAUGUGCUGGACAGUUGUGGCCACGCUGUGCUGAUAACAGGCUGUGACAGUGGCUUCGGGCACCGCCUGGCCCGCUGUUUGGACCAGAAGGGGUUUGUGGUCUUUGCUGGGUGUUUGUCUCCAGAAGGAGCCGGAGCCCAGAGCCUGGUCAGACAGAGCUCCAGUAAUCUGAAAAUCCUCAAGUUGGAUGUCACAAGGGAUGAAGACUUGCAGCAGGCAAAGAAAAUGGUGCAGGAGAACCUGCCAGAGAAAGGUCUGUGGGCAGUUGUGAACAAUGCUGGGAUCUCAGACUGGGCCGAGAUCGAAUGGAGCACUAUUGAAGAUUUCCAACACAUGGUGGAUGUUAACCUGUUUGGAUCCAUUAGGACAUCUAUCACUUUCCUACCUCUGGUUCGUGCCAGCAAAGGUCGGAUGGUUUUUGUGUCAAGCAUCUUUUCCUUCUUCUACUGCUUGAACAUGGGAGCAUACAGUGUGUCAAAGAGAGGACUGGAGGCAUUUGCUGACUGCUUAAGAGUGGAAAUGGCUAGUUUUGGCGUGAAGGUCAGCAUCAUUCAGCCAGGUAAUUUUGGCCAAGCCACUAAUAUCCUGAAGAGGAAAACUGCUUUGGACAUCUGGAACAAACUGGAUGAUGAGAAAAAACGAAUCUUUGGCAGAGAGUACAUUGAUCUGGCCAAUGACUACUUCACGUCAACAUGUAGGGUGGGAUUCAAGGACGCCGAUCCGGUCAUCGCAGCAAUGCUUCAUGCGGUCACAUCUGCUCGGCCGAAACACAGAUACCUGCUGGUCUCCACCAUGGAGAUGUUUUUCUUCAGCAUCUUCCCAUAUCUGCCAACCCUCCUGGCUGAUGCUGUGUUUUCUCUCAGCUCAAUGUACACAUGCAGAAAAGAAAUGCUUUAUGCUAAGCGAGACCCACAAAAUAGCUAUCUGUAAUACUAAGCUCUUCCUAUCGUCUUUAAAAAUUUUAAGGACUUAAUAUACAACAUUUACUGAUGAG